UUAAAUAUCGCGAGAGUUCGUUUAGCACUGUACUUCCAACAUGGCAGGCAGUAAGUUGGUGCUAGAAGGAAGUGUAAGUAUAAAAUGCUUUAUUUUAGGUCUCAGCGUAGUUGUAAUUCCGUUAAUCAGAACCUGGUGUGGACAUUUUGACUGGGUCUUUGAUUAUCUGACGGAAACUCCCGGGAAAAUAGCGAUUUGUAUCAACAUUGCAGUUGUCAACGGCCUCUUGCUAAUCAUAUACAGGGGACCUUUGUACAAGGUUGCUGUGCGAGCCUGUUUCCUGGGAGUUACUUUUGGCUGUGGCUUAAUUGUAAGCUGCUCUGAAACCUCUUGGACACAUUUUGGCUGGUACAUGUGCUCCCUGUCCUUCUUCCAUUACUCUGAGUACCUGGUGACAGCCAUCAUCAACCCUCGAAGUGUGGAGUACACCCUGGCUGCUGUCUCCUCAUGGGUGGAGUUCACUGUGGAGAAGCUGACAGUUCCAGAGCUGAAGCAGCUGAACUGGUUGAGCUUUGUGGGUCUGCUCAUGGUGCUGUGCGGUGAGGGUCUGCGAAAGGCGGCUAUGUUGACAGCUGGCUCCAACUUCAACCACAUUGUCCAGAAUGAGAAGGCCCGGAGCCACGUGCUGGUCACCAGCGGGGUCUACUCCUACUUCAGACAUCCCUCCUAUGUGGGCUGGUUCUACUGGAGCAUAGGAACACAGGUCAUGCUGUGUAACCCAGUGUGUAUACUGGGAUACACGAUAGCCAGCUGGCGCUUCUUCCGGGAGCGGAUUGAGGAGGAGGAGCUCUCUCUCAUCCAUUUCUUCGCUGAGGACUAUGUGGAGUAUAAGAAGAAGGUUUCUACUGGGCUACCCUUCAUCUCAGGCAUCCGAGUCAACUAGGCCCAGGAACUGGAUGCUGGAUGUAACAGACUUAUAGCACUAAAGCAGGUCAGACCUGGGGCGGUGUGGCAUCUGCUAUGACGGCUGCCCUCCAGAGGGAAACCCAGCGCCUGGCUGAGAGGCUGUAGCUCCUGGACAGCAGCCGGGAUGGCAUCGGGCAGCUGGGCUGCUAUUUUCUACCAGCCUCCAAAAUCAGUUUAAGACCAGACGACCUCCUCUGAACCACAUGUAUUCCAACAACACCCACUGCAUCUGUUUCUGUUUGUGUGCUUGGGCCAUAUGAGUGUUUUCACUGAAGGCCUGGUGUGUGCUCUGAGCCCUGUGGUGCCACUCAUCGGGAGAGAGUCACAUGACUGUUGUCUGACGUUUUAAUGGCAAGUGUUUGGACAAGAAGUCCACCAUGUUCACUGGGUCAUUUUCUUUAAAUAAUGAGGUUAUCAACAUUUCAGCAAGUUGCCACCACCAUCCUGCGUUUAGUCAAAUUCACUGCUCCUAAAUUUAGCCUUUAAGCAUUUGGUUUUUUUUGUUUUUUUUAAAGGAGUCCUCCACAGUCUCUGCCUGCAGCAGUGCUCGUCACUUUUCUGCUCCGUUUCUAUCCUUGUCAUGUCCGUAUCAGUGCAUUGGCGUGCACUGUAGUAACCUGGCUACUGUAAACCCACGUUUACAUGCAGCAGAUCAGCGAUCAGGUUUCUUCUCUACCCUGAACUUUUUUUGAAGGCAUGGCUCUGAGAUUUUAAAGCUACAGUAUGUAAGUUCUGGAAAUCAAGGAAAUGCUGAUGUGAGACCAAAAAGCAAAGCGCUCUGCUCCUCCCUGCCUCCCUCUCCCUGCUCCGUUUCCUUCCACCCUGCCCUUCUCUUGUACACAGCUAAUCAGGAGCCUGCUAGUCUUGUGAGCCACAACGACGUCUUCCAGCAGCUAAGACUGGCUUGAAGCCUCGAUGUGAGAGGCGUAGCGACCAGGGCUGCGCCGUCUGUGUUUUGAUUGACAGCUGUGACCUCCCUAGUACACACAGUCACUGAUGCUCAGUCUGUCUUGAAGGCAGUGGUGGAAGAAGUGCUUGGAUGCUAUAAGUACAAGUAGCAAUACUACACUGUGCAAAUACUCCUAUAAGUAGAAUAGGUACAAGUACAAAAGUAUUAUCAGCAAAAUGUUCUUAAAGUAUCAAAAAAUUAAAGCACUCAUUCUGCAGAGAAAUGGCCCCAUCAGUGUUUUUUGCAUUAACGUUACUGGAGCAUCAGUGUUUACAUUUUACUGCAAUAGUUUAAGAUUGAACCAAUUUUUAAGUAGUUUAUGUUCUGUUGUGUAGCAUCUUCUCUAAGAUCAUCAUGACUAACAGUCCUGUCUUAAGCUUUGUGAUUUUUAUUUAUUUAUUUGGCAUAACAAGUGAGAAUUUAUUCAACCUCCAAAGGAACAAUUAACUUCAGUUUCUCAGAAACCAUCAAAAUCACUGUACAGGAACGGUUAUAAAAAAUUAAUUAACUAAAGGCAUCAGGUGAAUGUGGUGGAAGCAGAAGUGCAAUACUCUGAACUUUAGUUGAGUACAAGCAUGAAGUUACAUAAAAUGGAAAAAGUCCAUGUACUUCAGUCACUGUUCAGUCACACUCCACUGCUUGUAGGUUCAGUUGUGUUGCUGCAGGUCUUGGAUCUGUGUAUUGUUAUGCAACUGAUGGAGAGGAGCCAUUUUGGAUGUUUUAUUUCUCUGGUUCAGGUGUGUAUACGGAGAUCUGCUUCUGACUGGUCUGGGAGUGUGGGCGUCUGCCCUGUUUGAAAAGGUUUGUAUCUUGUGGCAGCUACAGUCAAACACAUCAAAAUGUACACAUCGCUCCUGUAGCAUAAUCCUCUGCUGAUCGUAGCUUCUCCACAGCAGAGCCCAAUAUACACAACUUCCUGUUCAGUUCUGUGUUUGUCUUAAGCAACAGCUCAACACAGGUUCAGUUGCAUUCAGAAGUGAAAUCCUCUCAGGCAGAACACACGCUGACCCACUGAAUCCAAACGAUGGCAAAGGAUCCAUACAUGAGAACUUUUUAUUCUCCAAAUAAUUUAACUGUAAUAAAAUGUGUAAAGUUUCUGAGACUGUUUAGAGUGUUGCAGCUUCAUUGUUGGCCGGUGGACCGACUAGAAGGCCAGCAGUGACCUGCUCUAUGUUGGACCCUGCUCUCAUUGUCAACUGGCUGUUCCUUAUGUUUCUCGGUCAUUUCACUGACAUGUUUCUGUACAUGGGGGCAUGACACAUCAUUAAAACCUGUGUUUCACUGGAGAAGAGCUGGGGUCAGCCCCUGAGCAGGAAGUGGUGACAUCUCUUCCUAUGUGGUAGACUCCUAGAAGUCGCUAGUUUUUGGUUGAUUUGUCUUGUGGCAAGUCACCGCACUGACCAGUGUGCUGUCCUUUCAUCUCUGUCAACAUCUCUUGAAUUAAAAGCCAACCAAAAGAGACUGACUUGAUAAAGGUGCU